AUGACCAGCACUUUGCUGAUGCUGCUGUUGUCGAUCAAAGCCCAAAGUGUGUCCUGCUUCCCAUCAUGCCCUGCUUCAUGUAUGCUCUGUUCUGAAGAAGCCGUCAUCUGCCAAAGACUCACUUCAAUUAUUGCUGCUCCACAGACCACUCUGGUCCUGCUGCUGACCGAGGGCUCCAUCUCCACAGUGCAACCUGCAGCUCUGUCCGACCUCAGCAACAUCACUGUGAUCAGUUUGAGUCACAAUCGUAUCUCCGCUCUGGAUCAGAACUCCUUCAGAAACAUGCCUCUUCUCCAGACUUUACUGCUGGACCACAACUGGCUGACCCUCCAGGCUUUAGAGGGGGGAGUUCUGACAAAUCUGCCCCUGCUCGAGGUCCUGGCGCUGGGCAACAACCGCAUCCACACGAUCAACUCGGAUUUGUUCAAAGGCACAACAUCUUUACGUAUAUUGAGACUGGAGGGAAACCAGAUCACAAGGCUGGACUCUGGCUCUUUUCCGCUGACGGGUCUUCGCGUUUUGGAAAGUCUGGAUCUGUCUGAUAACUUUAUUGAAAAUCUGGACAAAAACAGUUUUCGAGGUUUCAUUUCUCUGAAGACUUUAGACUUAUCGAGGAACCGUCUCCAGAGCGCCCCCCAAGAGGCCUUCUCGUACCUAACCUGGCUGGACACGCUGAAUUUAGACCUGAACUCUUGGAACUGCUCUUGUCAACUGCUGGAUCUCGUUGCCUUCCUCUCAUCAUUCAUCCAGCAGCCAGAUAAGACUCUGUACAAUGGCCGCAGGAUGGUGUGUGCCAGUGCUGAUAAUCCUGCAGUCACCACAGUUUUGGAGCUCACAGAAGCCAACUGUGUCCCGUCCAAUCAGAAUAUCACUGUGAGGGUGGACUCCAAGGGCAGCAUCACCGCUCAGCUCUACACGCGAGAUCUGGCCAUCACUGGAGUGGUCUGCUUCGCUGGAGGUGUCGGUUUAACUUUGUUGAUUGUCCUGAUCUACAAUAAAACGUCUAAAAAGAAGAAACAAAGAACUCAACUAAAUCGGGAGGACAUCAAAGAAGAAGCAAGCAGCACAGUGACCCCUCAGAACAGAAAUCACAUUGAUGUUGCUGAAAAACGGAAGUCGAUGGAAAACACUGCAUCCACGGCGGCACUCAUACAACAGGAAUACAUGUCUGAAGGAGGAGGCAGCUCACCCAAAAGGAAACUGAGGCUGGUGAUCCCUGAGAAGGCAACGAACAGACCUCUUACCGCACUGGAGAGGAAAAUACGAUGA